CCCACGAAAAGUAUUAGUAUUAGCUCAUGUCGUUUGAAAUGGCUGGUGGGCCGAAGAAGACGAUUACGAUCUUGAAAGUUCGUUGGUGUGAGGCUGUGAGCUGAUUAGCUCUUAGAAAUCACGUUCGUGCUGGAAAGCGCGACUGUCGCUCAUGCCCACGAUUUUCAAGUCAACUUCUUUUCACUAAACUGGCAUCGCUGUUCGUACUUAUCAUCGCCGGUCGCUAGACCUCAUCACAGCCACUUGUAGAAGUUUGACCGCUUACAGCUGGCCAGAGAAGCCAGGAAAUUCUAGCAUGGUUGGCUUUCUGGGUACGGGAAGCAGGAAUUCCCCAGCGACGGGUAGUUGCCAUCCUGAUACUACUCUGAACCCGCCGCCCCAUGCCAAUGGAAGUACUGCUCGCGUCUUCCCCGACCGUGACAACUCUGCACCCAAUCAAUCCGCCGGCCACCAACCUCAGAGUACUAGUGACAACAGUCAUGGUCCCCUUCAUUUCUUUUCACUUCCUCACUGGACACGAAAGAUGCUACCUACCUCCGUGUCUGCUCGCCGAAGUCUAGCUGGUAUGCCCUCUGAUGAACUCGGCGUCAUUCGGAGAAAACCCUCAAAACUUAUGCUGGACAAGGAGCUCCCGCCCACCCCUCCAAUUCAAAGAGUAGCCGACAAUCUCGACUCUGCGGAAACGUCCUUAGCCACGUUCUCGCCCACAUCCAUGAACAGAUUCGCCCCCUCACCUACCUUGCCAAGGGCAAACACACCUCCAACAUCCGCUGAACCCACAGAUACACAGCCAAUGUUAUAUUUCGAUGUAUAUCAUAAUGCUGUUCCCCGCGGAGUGAAUACAGUGUCUUUUGUCACUACUUCACCUACGGGCAUCGACCAACGUGACUUGACCCUCCCGCUACGACACACAAGAAGCACCCAAUCGUUCCUUUCACAUAAACAGGCGGACCGGUCAACUCAGCCUCUCGACAGUGCAGAUAGAGUUCGUGGGUUUUCCUUUGGCCGAAGACUAUCUAGUUCCAGACGAAAAGAUGCGGAACCACCGCCAACUGGUGAACACAACAAAGCGUCACCUGUUCGUCAGAUGUCGACCAAAUCUUCGCGGCAGCUGCUUUCAGUUCCGUCUGAUUCUCUGUCCCUUCCAGCAUUGCAGCCGACAUCACCAUUUCAUAUAGACUUCCAUUCGGACACUCUUGCAUCUUCUCAGCAGCCACCGCAACGAUUCGCUUCGAGAUUGACACGAAGUCACUCAGAGAAGUUCUCCAGACGUCCGUCCUCCUCCAACUCUGAAGCACCUGCAUUACCCAAGAUUCUACCAGCAUUUGAUUCGUCCCAGCAUCAUCCAACGACUACCAAUCCAGCAUCUCCUUCCCAUCAUCCACCCCGACCCAUACUGCGCCGCCCCAUGACUGCCGAUUCGGUCCGUUCACGCACUCGUUCAUUUUUUACUCUGUCACCACAAACAACGUCCAGUCCUUCCACACAAACCCCACACUUUGGAAACGCACUCUCAAGUCUCACCUCGUCUACCUCCGUCAAUCAUGCAAAUAAUCGACCACGUUCCGCUACGAAUCCCCCUCUCCUGCAUCGGCUUUCGAUUAAUUUUUUUGCAUCAUCUACUGCCUCGGCAAAAUCUGGGACAGUUCCUGGCAGUUCUAUAACCGCCUCACCAAUUUCUCGAUCACGUCCCCCAUUACUUUUAUCGGUACCAUCUGAGGAGCUGAGACCUCAACAGCACGAGUUACCCGAGGCUUUCUUGCAGAGACUUUCCUCCCUUGUUGGUAAAGCUGAUAUCGCAGGGUUGUUGGGAUCAAGUGCGGAAGUCAAGUAUGUAGCUACUCUCAAACUUUACGUCGGAAAGUUCUCUUUUACUGGGGAUCCUCUGGAUGUUGCUCUGCGUCGGCUUUUAAUGCACAUUGGUCUUCCCCGGGAAACACAACAAAUCGAUAGGGUGAUUGAAGCCUUUGCAAAGCGGUACGUUGAGUGCAACCCAGAUAUAUUUAUGUCCGAUGAUAUCCCAUACAUUCUCGCCUUCAGUCUCAUCAUGCUUCACACAGAUGCAUUCAACAAAUCCAAUAAGCGCAAGAUGACAAAAGUUGACUAUCAGAAAAAUACGGCUAUCUCAGGAGUUAUACCCGAAGUGCUAGAUUGCUUCUAUGAUAAUAUUGUCUUCGCUCCUUUCAUAUUUAUCGAGGACCCUAUGGACCCCCCUCGGCCAUCAAUUGAUGGCAGUCUUUCGCGACCUCCUACUUCCGCUGGUGUUCCAAUGACACCAGUAGGAGGUACUCUACUGAGCAGACCAAAGAUCGAUCCAUAUUAUCUGAUUACCAAUCACUUACUUGAUUCGCUCCGCGUGAAUGUCGAACAGCACAUACCCUUAGACAACCCAUACUGUUGGAAGGGAACAAGUGAUACGAUAGAGAUUACUUGCUUUGAACACAAUCGCCUGCCUUCUGGGUUGUUUGGCCUCAGCGUCUCCAAUCCAUCAUCACUUAUGGGGGCAAACUCACUUCCCGGUUUUUUACCACCUCAGAAAGAGACUUGGCGACUUAAGCUGUCGAAAGUCUCUGUUUUGAACCGCAAAGACGAGAUCUUGGAAGGCGGUAAAAAACCCUCGAACCGCAAGUGGAAGUCGUUUGGUGUUGCUUUGACGACUUCGCAAGUCCUUCUUUUUCGCGAUCCAUCAUGGGCUGCUGCUUUUCUGUCAUCCUCGGAUUAUUCCAGGGAAUCGACAAUACAUUGCAAACCCGAUGAAGUUUUGUCGGUGAAGGACGCACUCGCUGUGUUCGAUCGGUCAUAUCAAAAGCAUUCAAACACCUUUCGCCUGGCCCUCGCUGAUGGACGCCAGAUCUUGUUCCAGGCUUCAAAUGAACUGGAGAUCAAUCAAUGGGUUUCGCGCAUCAACUAUGCCAGUGCUUUCAAGUCUGCUGGGAUACGAAUGCGUCCCCCUGGCAUGACAGGCAGGGAGGUGACGCUAACUGGGGUUGCUGCUGCGCAAUCACAUCUCCAAGACUUACGAGUAGUGCAGCAACCCCAGCCCAAAAUUCGAUUAUGGGGUUCUCAAAGCUCACUUAUUCGUGCUACUAAGUCAACCGACGAAAGUACAGAAGAUGCUGUCGAGCGAUCAAACCCAGAGGACUUCGAAGCUCAGCACGAUAUCACUCAUGAACCUCCCGCCGUGCGUGAGAUCGAGGGGGCAUCCCAAUUCAAAGCUACUUUCGACAAAGUGAAAGCGCAAUUGGCUGCUGCCCGGCUCAGUCUGGGUGAUCAGUCAUUGUCCUCGAAUGACGUAUCUGAUGCUGUUGUUCCUUUCCUUGGGCACCGCUCUUCCCUGACGGCUGACGGUAAUGCCUUUCCCCAAAGCAAUCGCACCAUUCUCCUCCAAUCUACCAUCAGCGAUCUCGAAGAUCGGAUUUGUGUAGCACAACCACUUCUCGAAACGAAGAUGCAUUUCGCUCGCAACAUAGCAAUUUUGACACCCUUCCAACGGUCAACGCGAGAUCGGCUUCAAGAUGCAGUACAAAAUGUAGCAAAGCAGAUCUCCCAGUUGCGUCUGGAGAUUGCUAGGCUCAUUUGUCACCGUAACGUCCUGCUAAACGAUGUGGCAGCAGAAGAGCAAGUGUUCAAACAGGCAGCUACAGUUGCUUUGAACGCUGCCAUGGACACUUUACAGAGUCGAGGACAGUGUAUACCUGAGCCGAUGUCAUCGCCCGAUGAUGAAUCACUGGACGCGUCGUUGCCGCAAUCAUCUUCCAAAGUCAUACCCAUUUCUGUGGAGUCCUCCAUCGACGAUUCUUUCCGGUCUGCUCUAGAUUUCGGUCCGGACUGGCCGACAAACUACGCGUUCUCUGUGUCGAAUGUCUUAGAGACACCGAGGAUCACAGAUUCCCCUCUGACUGAAGGGGAGGGCUCAGGGUACCCGUUCCUAGAGGCCGAGACCAGUCUCUCGGAGUCUCGGACGGCUCAUUCUAUUCCGAGUUCUCUAGAGUUAUCCGCGCAAGACGGCACUCCCCAUUCUGUUCACGAGAAGUUUUACACAGCGCAAGAGUCGCCUGAAGAGCAAGCUGAGGAGUGGAACAAGACCCGAGCAGCGAAACGUGUUUCGCUAGUUAAAUUGCCCCCAGACAUCCGACUGUCAACGAUGUUUGGCAAGACUCAACGGAAUGGUUGUAAUGACCUGAUAUCCACGGUGACUCGGGAGGAUUCUUCUUUUGGAUAGUUUCUUUCUCAUUGAACUUUGGACAAUCUACAUACUUGCCUACUAUUACGUUAUAUCGCUAUUGUGCCGCAUAUUACAUUGUUUUGAGCUGCAGCACAGGCUGGCCUCCAUGAACGACCACGUUUUAAAAUUUUAUAGGCGGUUACCAUUAUGAUGUUAACUUCUCGCCGCUGGGCGACCGAUGACAUAGCCGUACUAGACCAAGGCUUGCUGACUGGCGUCGCCACAGGGGGUGCCAGUCCCUGGCCUUACUAAUAUAAUGCAUGCCCACUGCCAAUGG